GCGCAGACAGCAGACCGAAGCCUCGUCAGUUUGGAUCCGCGCGCGGCUGCCGAGCACCCCGUCGCCGCCACUGGUCGCCGGCGGCGAUGGCCGCCGACGACUUGCGCGAGCUCCUCCUCUCCACCACCGCCGAUGCCUCGGACCCGUCCACCCCGCUCUCCGCGCCCGACCUGCGCCUCCUUAUCGACCGCCUCCGCCUCCGCUCCGACCGCCUGCACGCCUCCGCCCUCUCCUUCGCUGCCUCCCACCGCGGGGCCCUUGCCUCCUCGCUAGCCUGCGCGGCCUCCGCGGCCGACUCUUCCGCCUCCCUUGAGUCCUCCCUGGACUCCGCGCUCGCGCCGCUCGCCUCCUCGCCCGAUCUCUCCGACCUCAGGGCCCUUGCCGAACGCCUCCUCGCCGCCCGCCGCGAGCUCGCCGAGCGCCAGGAGCACCUUGCCGCUGCCUCCACAAUUGCUUCGCUCGCCGCCCGCCUCCGAGAGGCCCGUGCGGCAGCGAACCCCCUUGACACCGCUGCUGCUGCCGCUGAGCUCAAGCCCCUACUGAUUGAUGCCGAGCGAUCUGGAUCCGGUGAAGACGGUCCUGUCGUGUUUGGGCUUCUCAGAAGCGACUGGGAGCAGCUUGUCGACGAGCUGCAAGUGGGACUUGCGAAGAAUGUGGAGGAGUGCAUGGAGUUUGCACCUGAGGGAGGAAAAGUGGUGGUAAGGGCUACUCCAAGAUGCUGUCCCAGUCGAAAGCAAGGCGUCGAGCUUCCUGUGGCGCUGCAGGCAUUGGAGAUCAUUGAUGCCCUAGACUAUGGGAUGGCAAAGAUUGCAGACUUGAUGAUGAAACAUAUUCUGGUCCCAGCAAUCAGUAACAUACACGUUGCAGUUUCUGUAGAAGUGCUUCAAGAAGGUGGCCCAGAACACUCUGUAUCAGUCUUGAGCAUAGUCCCUUCAGAGGAGCUAAAAGACAACAAAGAUGGUUCGAGUCUGUACUCAAGAAUAAUUGAUAUCAUCAAGUUCGCGUGCAAGUUCAUUUGCAUGGAAAAUAGCAAGUGGGUUCAGUCUUUUGCAAAGUUAACCUGGCCAAGAAUUUCUGACAUGGUUAUCACACACUUUCUCUCCAAGGCUGUACCAAAUGAGGCAUCCAAGCUAAUUGAGUUCCAAGAUGUUGUGCGGAGUACAGCUGAAUUUGAGAACAAACUUAGGAGCAUGAUGUUUCUUUCGCCUGAUAGAAAGGAUGGCAAGUUGACCCAAUUUGUUGAUGAUGUUGAAGUUCAUUUUGCGGUACGGAAGAGAAGUGAGAUCUUGGUGAAAGCAAGGAACAUUCUUGUACAAUAUGAUUAUGAUAACCCUCUGGAAUCUGGUGAUCGAGGUGAUUCUGCUGUUGAUCUACUUUUCCUGCCAGAGAAGUGUUUUACGUCUAAAUCAGUACUUCUAUUAUUGAAAUUGGUUCAUGGAGCCCUCAAGGAUGCAUCGAUGUCAUCCGCAAGAGUUGCUAAGGAAUUUUGCUUUGCUGCUAGGGAUGUCUUACUCCUGUAUAAGGCUAUUGUGCCAGUUCAGCUAGAGAAGCAUCUUGAUAGCAUAAGUCAAGUGGCUGCUAUUGUUCACAAUGACUUCUACCAUUUAUCCCAAGAAAUUCUUGGCCUUGCAUUUCAGUACCGUGCAGAUUUUCCUAUUGAUCUACAGAAACAGGUUGUUUUUGUGGAUUUAGCGCCAAUCUUCUCCCAGAUGGCAGAUGUUGUAUUGAGAAGACAAAUACAACUCGCUAUUGAUACCAUAAGCGAGGCUAUAGAUGGUGCUGAUGGCUUUCAGAACACACACCAACCUCAACAUUAUGAGUCAGCAAAAUUUAGUAUUGAGCAGGUCGUGUUCAUUUUGGAAAAGAUACGCAUCAUGUGGGAAUCGAUACUGCCAAAAUCAACUUACAGGAAAAGUAUGUGUCAUGUCCUUGGGUCUGUCUUCUCCAGAAUUACAAGAGAUAUGCUUCUGAUAGAUGACAUGGCAGCAGAAGAGACAUUGCAGCUGCAAGGCCUUAUCCAUUUGGCUCUCGAAAAUCUCUCUUCCCUAUUUCUUUCUCUGGUUGAGAACGAUGAUGGCAGCUCAAAGUUCUUAGACCAUGACACUUGGAUUCAAUUGGAUGUAACCGUCCCAUCUUUGAAAAAGUUUCGUAAGCUAGCAGAGUUGCUUGAUAUGUCAUUGAAGUCCAUCACAGCUGCUUGGGAAAGUGGAGACCUGGUUAGCUGUGGUUUCACAUCAUCUGAGGUGCAAAAUUUCAUCAAAGCAAUAUUUGCUGACUCGCCUCUUAGGAAGGAGUGCCUGGGAUGGAUCGUUAGGACGCCAGCUUAGGAUGCAGAAACAACACAUUUAUUUUUUACGGACUAACUAUUAUUUUUCCUCUUCUUCUUUUGUAUUGUACACCAUAUAGUUACUAUUAUUUGGUAUGUGAGUUGAGUUUGCACUGAAGGAGGCUUUGUCAUCUCUGAUCGCCCAGUUCAAUACUCACGUGACUGCCUGGACUGACCAUAUAAACAAAUGCGCAUGUUAUUCACGUUUUCCUGAUCAAAA